GUUCUGUUGGGUCCUGGCCCACGGCUUGUGAGGCAAACUCUGGUCAACAAUCAGUUGCCAGGGUACCAUGUUGCCGCUGCCUCUUCAAACUCUUCACUUCCUCACCUGACAUUUUGGCCCUUCGUGGUCCAUGGCAUUCCCCUUCCCAUUCUUGUGGUGGAUUUAUUCACGUACCAGAGACCCCGUCGACACCGGCUCCCUGGAGGAAUUUGAGUGCGAGGAGGAGGUGCCCGAGGAAGACGAUGUCUGCUGGGCCCUGGGAGAAAUUCUGCUUUAUUACUGCCUGGCUGUAGCUGCUAUAAGGAUCAUCUACAUUGGUGCAGACUGGGUAAUAAGUCUUUUAUUAGCCGUAUUCCUCUUGCGUGCGGCUGGAGGACAGAAGGGGAGCCCAAAGCGCUGUCUUGUUGAGCCUUUGGCUUCCAACAGUGGCCAGCUGGAUGUCCAGAACUUUUAUUUCCCUUCUCUUCCCUUCCCCUCCCCUUUUUAUGAAGAUCACCCGCUCUGAGGUAAAAGGUAAAGGGACCCCUGACCAUUAGGUCCAGUCGUGGCCGACUCUGGGGUUGCAGCACUCAUCUCGCUUUACUGGCUGAGGGAGCCGGAGUACAGCUUCUGGGUCAUGUGGCCAGCAGGAGUAAGCCGCUUCUGGCAAACCAGAGCAGUGCAUGGAAACGCUGUUUAUCUUCCCACCGGAGUGGUACCUAUUUAUCUACUUGCACAGGUGUGCUUUCGAACUGCUAGGUUGACAGGAGCAGGGACUGAGCAACGGGAGCUCAUCCUGUCGCAGGGAUUUGAACCGCUGACCUUCUGAUCGGCAAGUCCUAGGCUCUGUGGUUUAACCCACAGCGCCACCCGCGUCCCAAUUAAUAGGACCAAUUCAGCCAGCUAGCCCUGGGGAUUAUCUGAUUGAUUUUUGAGUGUGAGUAUCUGGAGGUGGUUGGAGGAUGGAUUGAGGUUGAAUCCUGACAAGGUUCAAGAAGUAUUGUUUUGGGGGGACAGGAGGCGGGCGGGUGUGGAGGACUCCCUGGUCCUGAAUGCCUCCCACACGGAUCACGUUCGCAACCUGAGCAUCCACUGUACACAUAUCAAUAAUGGAGGAUAGUUCUGUCAUAGAAUCCUAGAGUUGGAAGAGACCACAAGGGCCAUGGAGUCCAACCCCCUGCCAAGCAGGAAACACCAUCAGAGCACUCCUGACAUAUGGUUGUCAAGCCUCUGCUUAAAGACCUCCAAAGAAGGAGACUCCACCACACUCCUUGGCAGCAAAUUCCACUGUCGAACAGCUCUUACUGUCAGGAAGUUCUUCCUAAUGUUUAGGUGGAAUCUUCUUUCUUGUAGUUUGGCUCCAUUGCUCCGUGUCCGCUUCUCUGGAGCAGCAGAAAACAACCUUUCUCCCUCCUCUAUGUGACAUCCUUUUAUAUAUUUGUCAAUGGUUCCUAAAUUAUUCUAGCCAGGUGGAACCUCCAUAUCCAGGCACAGUGCAGCUCAGGAUACCAGUUGCAGAGUAGCAACAAUUCGAGCGCCGGUGGUGAUGAGACACCCUUCUAUAAUAAUAAUAAUAAUAAUAAUAAUAAUAAUAAUAAUAAUUUUUUAUUUAUACCCCACCCUUCCUGAUUCAAAAACCGGGCUCAGGGCAGCUAACAACAAAUUUAAAACACUUUAAAACACUUAAUUAUAAGAGCAGCAUAAAAUAUGGUAUAAAAACAUGAAUAACAAUAAAAUCCCAUAUUUUCCGAGAACAGAUCGUCCCGAAAUGCGGUGGUGGAAUUCAGCCAUGCAAGAAGGUUAGAUAUACAAAAGGUAAAUUUUAAUUCAUUUGCUGCAAAAAAAAGAGCAUUUCUUAUUAAGCAAAAGUCAAGGAGUAACUGGAAGUUUAAAAACAACCUGCUGUUUGCUUUGGAGGAGACAAUUGCCACAUACCCAACUGUCCUGUUUUAAGCAGGACAUCCCGGAAUCACAGAAUCCUAUCUUGAAUGUUCAAAAUAAUUCUUUUAACCCAUUAUUGCUUUGUUCUUUUGUAAACUGCUUUGAGGGUUGUUUUUUUACCAUCAAAUGGUGUGUAAGCUGUAAGAAAUAUACUAAAUAAGAAUAGAUCAAGUUGUGAGGCAAUGGCUGAGAGCGUGUCGCUCUUUUUCCUUUCUUUUCCAAACUGCAGAAGAUCCAAGUUUAUUGCGCAACAGGUUCAAGACGAGAUUGAACAGCCAGAAAGGGGUGACAUAAACUUUUGAAACUUCCCUCCAUGUCCCAGAAUACAGUGCAAAAUACAUCCCAGUUACAUCAUGAAUACAUUAAGAAGAGGUUGAGUUACACAGAUUACAUCAUGAAUACAUUAAGAAGAGGUUGAGUCACACAGGAUUAACAUAUGGAGGAGGGAGGGGGGAAUAUGCAGAGCUGGAGAUAUGCGCAGAUAAGCACAUCCUGAGUACCUGAUGAGAAGACAAUGGUCCAUGUAUGCAUGGUCUGCCACCUGGCCUUGCCCGGAGGAAAGGCUUGGCAGAGCGAUUUGACAGGAUUAGGGUCUUGACACCUUGCUUGAAGGAUUAUGGAGGACAGGGGAGGUGUCAUGGAGUCCUAGAGAAAUUGAGCAAAUUGGCACGUUGAUUUUCUGUGAAUUUUAUAGAUUUUAGUCCCUUUUGACAUUGACAAUUGGAAAUAAAUGGAUAUAUUGUAGCGAAGAAGGAGGUGAAGAAUACAUGCCCCCCCCCUUCCGUAUCAGUCCCCCAUUCGGAGAUAGAUUUGCAUUAAAGUUCUGUAAGAACUUGCAAAUCUUUUCUCCGCACCCUAAAUCUCGGUGAAGGUAGGGGUACCCUGUGAGUGCGUGUCGCUCUUCACUGUCACCCAGUGAGUUUAUAGUAGGCUGGGGAUCAAGUACAAAACAGUGAUCUAUUUAAGAGGUGGAUUAAACUAGGGUUGCCAUAUCCAGACAGAAAAGUUGUUGAACUUUUUUUUUUGGGCAAAGCCGUUCCGAUUUGUUUUUAAUUUUUUUGCCAAAAUUCUAGAACUUUUUCUUAGUUUAGGCCAAAGUUGUUUGACGUUUUUGAGUUAUUUUAGGGAUGUCCAACCGGUCGAUUGAUUGAACCAGUUUCUGAUUUGAUCCCAGAAUGUCCCCUGCUGGGGCAUCCCUGUUUUCACUGGAGAAAUGGUGGAGGGCACGGAAUAGGAUGUCCCUCUUUUCAUUGGAGAUACGUUGGAGGGUAUGGCAGCAUGGUGGCGAUGCUCUUUGAGAGCCACUGAACUCAGGCGAAAAUGGAUGGUAGCCUUGCUAUUUCUUCACUGCAGAAGUAACCCCCUCACCUCUCUCUCUCUCACACCUGAUGCCUGCUAGUGUUGUAAACAAAAAUUGCCCUUUUCCCUUAUGGGGUAUCCAAGAGCCCAUAUAGAGUCCUUACAUAGGUUCCCUAUUGGUAGGAGAAGAUAACAGAGGCCAACCAGAGAAUAUUGAGAAGCAAAGCAGCUAGUAAGCCUGAUCUUUAUUGAACAGUUGCAACAGGGUUCUCCCCUCACACGCAGGAGAGAGGAGGAACCCAGAAAAAUGGUGUGCAAGGCCUUAUAAAGACUUUUGAAAUUGCCACCCUGUAGAUCAAGACCACCCCCAGAAACCUCAUACAUACAUCACAGAAGGGGUGUAACCUAAGACCACCCCUCAGAUACAUCACACCGACAUCACAGAAAAGGCGGUCUAAACAGAAAUUUGAAUGUUGUUUUUCUCCUGUCGUUGUUUAUCUCCUGUCUGGCAGGUUACUUGAUUGGAUUUCCUGGGGAGCCUGGCCAGUCUUUUGUAGUGAUAAAUACUUAGUUCCUGGGCCAGGUCACAGGCUCACACCCUAUUCGAACACAGACAUACCCUUAAGACAGGAUUUGUGAAGGGAAAGACAAUGGGGAGGCUUUUCCACUUUGACCUUGCAGAGAAAACAUUUGCUCAGUUUAGGAAUCAAAAUGGCUUCAGGUCUGUCUUCCUGUGCUGAUCUAUGUACGUACGUGCGGUUAUGAACGUUACCAUAUAUCUAAGACCUCAAAAUUUCUAUCACAAUACCCCCCCUUUGGGGCUAGAAUUUUUCUUAAAAAUUUUUGCCCCACAAAUAAUAACAUGGUAUGUUGUAAAUGGAUGCCUUUGUGUAAAUAUAUAGGAUGUCCCUCUUUUCAUUGGAGAUAGGUUGGAGGGUAUGGCAGCAUGGUCGCAAUGCUCUUUGAGAACCACUGAGCUCAGGCGUAAAUGAUGGCAGCCUUGCUAUUUAUCCACCGCAAAAAUAACCCCCUCGUGUCUCUCUCUCUCUCUCACCUGAUACCUGCUAGGUUGCCAGGACCCCACCGACAGGUGUCAAGACAGCGCGUGUGGCAUCCUGGGGUGCCUGAGGAAGCUGUUUACAGGAGAGUGUGACAGGGACAUCGCCGAGGACGAGGCGUCCCCCAGUUCUCCUCCUCCCAGGAAGGAGACGAAGGAGCGCCUCUCCAAGCUCAGCCAGCAAACCUUCUGUGACAGCGACUCCGUGGGCACCUCAGAAUCACAGGUGUCCUCGUGGAAAGGCAGCCAGACAGGCGAUACGGACGGCAGCGCCUCCAGCACGAAAGGGAGGAAGAUGGCGGUGAGGCAGAGGAGCCCCAGGCGCAUGCCCUGGAUGCCUGAGGAACCAUGUCCCCGCUGCAAAGCCAAGAGGACCAGAGAAUGGCUGGCCCAGCACUUCUUUGACCCAGAGUGGUGUUCUCCAGGGAAGCGCAACUGAUCCUGAGGGGAGUCCCUUCCGGGGAAGGGAGACAAUGUCCACACACAACCUGCUUUCGGCCAGGCUUCCUUCAAGGGUUGUUGGCCUGGGCGAGGAGGGUGAGAUGGGCGACUCGCACCUCUGAGAGGUGGCUGAGGGCUGAGUCGUGUCAAUAAAGCUCCUAUACCACAUA